AUGUUACUGUUGACCAAGUUUAGAAACAGUGUUCCGAUUGUUCAAAGGUUUGGAAUCCAUACUUCGAGUCUGAUAUUAGCUGGACAUUCUAAAUGGGCGAAUAUUAGACAUGACAAGGCUAAAAAUGAUGCGAAACGCGCAAAGGAAUCAUAUCAAAUGGCUGCACGUAUUUCCAGUUGUGUACGACAAUCAGGAGUAGAUGGGAAUGCACAACUUGUCACCUUGAUUGAAAAGGCGAAGAAGUUGAACUGUACCAAGAAGAUCAUUGACAAUGCAAUUAAGAGAGGGAAUGGGGAAUCAACUGGCGAUAAUGUUCAAACAUUUGAUACCAUGUAUGAAUUCAUGGGUCCAGGUGCUGUUGCGUUUAUAGUGGAAGCCAAUACUGACAACAAGACUAGAACCAUUGCUCUUGUUAAGAAUGCCAUGUCCAAGUUUAAUGCAUCUAUUGGUGGAUGUCUGUAUUUGUUCCAAAAGAAAGGAUGGGUUAUCUUUCAACCUAAGGAUGAAAGUGAGACUUUAGAUGAUAUUUUUGAAGUUGCUAUUGAUGUUGGGGCUGAAGAUGUUGAAGAAUUUAGAGAUUCUGAAAAUGAAUACCCUGGUGAAACUCUUUAUAGAGUAUUUGCAGAACCUGGAGAAACUGGACCACUUUCAAAUAAAUUAGCUGAAAGAGGUUACAAGUUGAAAGAUGUGAUUACUGGAUAUAUUCCCGAUCCAGAAUCCACUGUGGAUUUCCCAGAAGAACAUGCAAAGGGAUUUCAAAAGGCAAUUAACUUACUUGAUGAAAUUCAAGAAGUUACAAAUUACUACACAAACAUUAAAGAGGAAGAUUAA